AUGCCAAACCCCAUCAGCGCGCGAUUCUUACCCGCCAUUUGGGUGUACCUCUACAGUUUUUCUUCUCUUAGCCGUGCCCUAGCCUCUCUCGGUUGGCUGCAACAAUGUGGAUUUCCGAAAAUUGAGUUGUCACAGUUUUGUCGAUACGCCUCUCCAUCCAUCACUCUCAAGCGGCUCUCGUCCGAUGACAAACGCAGACCUCCCGACCAUGCUGGGCUUUCUGUUUGUGGGGCUCGGAAGUAUAUCAUCGAGGAGGCAAGCCCGCUGGACUAG